UUCAGGAGGAAAGAAAAAAUGUUAAGUUUGUCGCCCCCUGGUGUUUACAUUCAUGGAUUAAUGAGAAAUCCUUCACCAAAACAGUGCGUAUUAACUACGACUGAGAACAGUGGAUAAAACAGGAUAUUGAUUGGUACCGCAUAUAUAAACAGAUUAUCUCGUGUUACUAAUCUUAAACGAACGUCAACAAAUUGGUAGAUUCCAGCUAUCUCGGUCUGCUGUUCCCUGCAACAUUUCAAUGGUACGGUCCGUUGCCUAGGUGCUAGUAGAAGCCAAUUCACUCCACCACGCCUGUUCUCAGUACUUGGCUUUCUUGUCCCAUUUGUCCUUUGAAAGGGGAGCUCAGUUACAAGAGAUGUUUCCAUGGAUGAAUCGCAACAACAAUGGGAGUGAUAAAGUUUGAGCAUUUGCUGAUCGUUGCCACACCAUUGAAAACUUGAGUUAUGUUGGUUACCAUGUAGACUAAAUUGUCAUUUGGGAUCAGGGCUUUCACCAUUGAGGAAAAGGUUCAACAUUCACAGAUGCAACUUCAUGAAACCUAAUGUAUGACCAUGGAUCAUGAAGAGGCACGGACAGAGCUGGACCAGAUUUCUAGGCGGCUUCAGGAGGAUGGCUUGCCUCCAGGGGCCAGUGUUGAGGACCGGCAGCGCCACCUGUGGCAGCAGUUGCUCAACAGUGAGGCAAAGCUACGGUCAGCCAGUGAGGAGCUGGGGACUUUACGUACCCAGCAGGCCAAUGAGAUGGAGGAGGUGGAAAGCUAUGUUGCACAUAUUCGUGGGUUGCUGGAAGAGCGUGAGUGUCUGACUGCAGAUUAUGAGAGGGACAAUGAACACUUGCGACAAGAGCUUCACCAGAUCAGACAGCAACAAGAGAGUCAAAGCAAGGAGCUGGCAGAGAUGCUGGCUCAGGAGGACCUUGGAGAGAUGGGUUUGAGCAGCCCCAGUGAACAGGUGGCUUACUUGCUGGUGGAGAGGGCCACACUGCUGGAAAGGCUGGAGGCUGCUGAGAGGAGACUGGAAAGUCAGAGCCUCACUGAUAGCUUGAGGGAGGUCCAGCACCAGUGUUCAUCCCAGAGUCCAUUGAAGAAGCUGUUUGGGCUGCGCAGGUCUGGUCAGAGCAAACACAAUAUUACUCCUGCCCACAGUGAGGAAAUUUCUCGGGAGCGAAAUGAGCGUCAGCGGCUAGAGCGGGACCUCGAAGAGGCGUCUAGGAGGCUGGCAAUGGCUCAUCAGGACAUCCGCAGACUCACCAAUGAGCUGGAUGCUGCCAAGAACAAUAACCUAGACAUAAGUGGAUCUGAGCUUCAGGGAACGGUCCAGGAAGUAGAGAACCUGAGGAAGGAAGUGGACAAACUGAAACACUGUGAUAUGAUGAAGCUGCAGCAAGCCAAAGAGCAAAAUGACAGACUAGAUACUGAGAACAGAGCUCUGAGGGAGAGAGUUCACAUUUUAGAGUCUGAGAAGAAAAACCUCCUGGACCAGCUGGCAAUAAAUGAUGCAGAUGGCAAGGACAUGAGCAUCAGCAGUGAAUCUCAAAACAAUCUGUCUUGCAACGAAAAGGAUUACAUUCACAAACGGUGUCGUGAGGCGAUGGAAGAUGGCCUUGUACAGAUGAGGGAGUUGCAACGGCAACUCCAGAAGCUACGCAGGGACCAGGAAGAGCUGGAGGAGAGGAACGAGGAGCUGGAGGCCCUGCUGGGGGAGGCCCAGAACGCCAGCAAGGAGGAGAGGCACCGCCAUGAGGGAGAACUGGAGGGACUUCACAGGCGGAUCAAAGGCCUGGAGGCAGAGCUGAAGAAGCAGGAUGCCCAAGAAAAAAUGUUGAAUAAUGGAGAAGAGGUCAAGCCCACUGAGUCCUACUUGCAGCUGCACCUGAGGGACAGCAGCCAGGAGAGACUGGCUUUGUUAGAGGCUCGUCUGACUGAGGAGAAGGACUGGAGGAAACAGCUGGAGAUAGACCUCAGUGCUGCUCAAGCCGCCCUCAAAAAAGACAAGGAGACUUUGCAGAUAGGUGAGCGAGAGCUGAAGAAGCUGAGACUUGAGGUCAACAGCCUUCAGACAGAAUGUCAACAAGGAAAAACACUCAUCAAGAGCCUCACACAAGUCAAGGGGGAGAAAGCAGUUCUGGAGGAAAAGUUGGCCCAGAUGGAGCGUGCCCACAACAGACUCCAGAGCGAGCUGGAAAGCUACAAGGACAGUAACAGGACCCAGGAGGACCUCAGGGAAAACAGGUUUCAGGUUGACCAGCUGCAGGAGCAGGCUGACAGGCUAACUGCUGAACUCAGCAGCCUCCAGACGGCACACAGUGCCUUGAGGUCUGAGAUGGUUUCUGAGCGACAGCAGACUACCGAGCUCCAGACCAAGCUGAGCUUCAGUAUCCAGGAGAAGCUGACAGCUGAGGGGGGAAGACAGAGGCUGGAGCUUGAGAUACAGCACCUCAAAGAGCAGCUCAAGUGGCAUCAAGAGCAGCUCUCCACUACAAAGGAAGCACUUAUUAGCAACCAGACGCCUAACCUGCACACAGCUCAAGUAGAAGCCAGGUGCAGUCCAGUGGAGAGGAGCACAGAUGAGUGCAUGGAUCAGCUUUCAUGUUUGAAGCAGGAGCUGAAUCAUCUGCAGAACAAGCUGGAGGAGGAGCGGAGGCUGGCCUCUCAACACCAACUGGCCCUGCAGGCUCAGGCCAAUGAAGCAGAGGCACGAAUCAAGUCCCAGGACUUAGUCCUGAGCCAGAAGGCAGAUGAGGCGAAACAGAUGAAGCAGGACCUGCAGAGGACCCAGAGUCUGUUCGCCUCAGCAGAGAGAGAGCUGCGCUAUGAGAAGGAGAAAAACAUGGACCUGAAGAGACACAACACUCUGUUGGACCAGGAAAAACUCAAGCUUUGUGCAGAGCUGAAGCAGGUCCAGACUAAACUGGUCCAGGUGGAGCAGAGCGUCCACACUCAGGUGGCUGAGUGUGAACGUCAGCAGCAGAAAAUAAGGGAACUGGAGUUGGAACUGGCACGCAACUCUACAAACCGCAGCGCUACCACCAGUCUGCAGGAGGACCUGCAGACAGAGAGGGCGCGGCUCAUUGCUGCUGACAAGAAGGUGUUGGAGCUGCAGCAGCAGUUAAAGAGUGUCCAGCACCAGCUGCGCAUUGAGGAAGCCCGGGCUGGCGAGAGCAGCCGCCUGGAGAGGGACAGCAGAGAUCUGUCUGACACCUUGUCAGCCCUGAGAGCCAAACAGCAGGAAGAGCACAUCACCAGGAAGCUGUUAGAGCAGCGUGAAGAGGAGCUGCUGCAGCAGGUGCGCUCCCUGAGGCUGAACGAGGCCUCCCUGAUCAGGACCAAUGCAGAGCUCAGCCACCGUGCCCAACAACUGGACACCCGUUUGGCCAUUCUGGAGGCUGAACUUAGCAAGGCCAGAGAGGAGGCAAGAGAAAGCCAGAAGUCAAGCCACAAACUGCAGGAGGACUUGGUGGCUAGUCAGCAGGAGUGUGACAGACUACAGGGGGAGCUGCAGCAAGUUCUCCUCCAACUGGACACACACGUCAGGAAGUACAACGAAAAGCAGAGUCAGCACAAAACCAAGCUGCGACAGGCCAAGCAGGUCUUUCUAAAGGCAACUACACAGAGGGACCGCAUAAUCCAAAAACUGGAGAAUGACCUGGUGCUGGCAUCCAGCCUUUCGCACAAGGAAAAGGAGAGGAUCCAUACAGUGACAGAGGAAAAUGAGAAGCUUUUGGAGGAGAAGAGGGAGCUGUUACAGAAGAUAAAUGAAGCAGAGGAAAUGGGCACUAAAGGCAUGAGGACGGCCUCCACUGUCCAACACAGGGUCAACGUCUUAGAAGUGGAAAACAGACAACUUCAGGAUAGAACCCUAAAGCUCUCCAAUCAAGUCAGUUCCUUAGAGCGUGCCCUGAGGAACGUUCAGUCAUUCUACGGCCUGGAGCAGAAUACCAAGAAAGCACUCCCCUCUGAAAGUCUCUGUGAUGGCAUCCUGCAUACAUCUACACUAAGCGUAACGUCAGGUUCUUGUGACCCAUUGGACAUCCUGGAUGCAAUAUGCCGCGUCAAGGUGGGGGAGCGUGUGGUGGUGGACAACACUCGAGCGUCUGUCUCCACACACCAGCCGCCAGAACAGGGAUACCUGAAUCUCACCUCCCCAUUGGUUCCUCUAGACACCAAAAACAUGGAGGAGAGCUCUAAUAACAAUGACCAGGUAUGAGAGGUUGGAGGUUGCCGUCUGUGUAACAGCAGUGAGCCACCAGCAAGUGGAACUACAGCAUCCGCCCACUUCCUUGGGAGUCAAAAAUCAGAAUAAAGGAAUGAAAAAAUAUGCAGAAUGCAAAUAAUUUUUGUUAAAAUUCAACAAUAAUGAAAGGGAGCUUCCACUGCAGUUCUGCUCAGGGUGAUAUCUCUGUUUUUUUGAAGAGCAGGUUCUUAUUUGACCUUCAAGUACUGUUUUAUGGAUCCAGGUUCAGAAUGAAGGUUAAAUUUUGGGGGAUUUGAAAAGAAAAAAAAAGCAUGUGCAAAUGUUAAUCAUAUAUUUUUGACUGAUUUUAAAGGGAACAGAAUAUAAUACAGUAUUUAAUUUGGAAACUAAACAUGUGACACAAUAUUGUUUGUAUACACAUACGUGUGCAUGUGUCUGAAGAAGUUUGUUGUCGCUUGUUGGCGUCAGCACACCAAAGCAAAUUAGAAAGCUUGAAAGCUUCUUGUUGUCUUAUGGAAAAGAUUAUUAUGAUUUUUUUUUUUAUGUGAUGGUACAAGAUAAAGCCAUGUAAAUGUCAAGAAGACAUUUCAGGAGGGAGAUCUGAUUGAGAGCAGUUUAAACUGAGCACUUUAUAAGAAGUUUGACUUUUGUUUACAUUUUUUGAAAAUGUAGCAGUGGAAUACAACAGUGGGUAUAAUAGUAUAUUAAUGGCACGUAUUUCACCCCAGUUAAAUUAAAUCUUGGCAGUGUUUUCAAUUGAAAGAACACCUAUGGCGUUAUACCUUUAAGGAUUUACUGUGCCAAAAAAAAAAAAAUCAGCAUUUUCACUAGUUUACAAAAUCAUGCAUAGGAAUAACAUUAAUACUACAGAGUUACUUUAUGUCUAAUAACAGUGUAGUAAACAGUCUCGAUAUAGGGGUCUUUUCUGAGAUCUGUCACUCCUAUUGCUUGUCAGCUAUAGCCACUCCUGUGUUGUAUGUACAACAGGAUGUGCAGAUUUGCUUGUAGUUAGUUAAAAACAGCCAAAAUGAAAAAAGCCACCAAAUUCCAGAAGCUUUUCUGUGUGUAUUUUUAACAUCCUGAGCUGUUUUUUUGACAUGGGUCAACCUUGGUGGUUCUCUCCAGCGACACUCAAUCAGAAGGUACUUGUACUCUUGUACAAAGACACGCACAUGACAUGGGAGUAAAACACACAUUCACCAUUUCAUGCCACUAUUAUUAUUUUGUGUCAAUAGUAGAGUUGUACACUGUGGAAAACAAUGUCUGUUUGUCUUCAAUGUGCCUAAAAUGAUGAAGUAUUUAUCUUGCUGCUGCAUGACUAAAUCGAAUAACAAAAGCCUUUUUGUGACAGACAUGGAGCACGAAACUUUGACUUUUGUAUCUGUUUGAAUACAUUUUUAAACAAAGAUAUUUUCAUAAAUAAAGUGAAUAGAUAACAAA